GGCGCGUAACACAGAGCAGUAUUUUCUACUCGAACACAGCAGAGACAGGAACCCAUUUCAGCAAUGGCAAGAACCAAGCAGACGGCUCGUAAAUCCACCGGUGGUAAAGCCCCGAGGAAGCAGCUCGCUACUAAAGCCGCCCGCAAGAGCGCCCCAGCCACCGGCGGCGUCAAGAAGCCCCAUCGUUACAGGCCCGGGACCGUGGCUCUCCGAGAGAUCCGCCGCUAUCAGAAGUCCACCGAGCUGCUGAUCCGCAAACUGCCUUUCCAGCGUCUGGUGCGAGAGAUCGCUCAGGAAGAUUUUAAGACGGACCUGCGCUUCCAGAGCUCCGCCGUCAUGGCCCUGCAGGAGUCCAGCGAGGCUUAUCUGGUCGGUCUGUUCGAGGACACCACGUGCGCCAUCCACGCCAAGAGAGUCACCAUCAUGCCCAAAGACAUCCAGCUGGCGCGCCGCAUCCGCGGAGAGCGCGCUUAAACCCGCCGCUGCAUC